UUAAAACCGCGCCUCUUCAUCUUCCUUAAAACUUGUUCAGAAACUGAAACGACACCGCCAUUGCAACACAACCCAGUACAGUAGCACCAGCUACUGCCGAAAAUGGCAUCCGAAGAGAAGAAGAAGCGAAUGGAAGAUCAGCAAAACGGUGUCGUCAAUGUCACAACCACAACCGAAGCAGCAGAACACGAGGAAGCAUUAGUCGAUCUGGUUGAAAGCCGAUCCCAUGAAGUCGAAGGCCUCCGUUACCAUGUCUCCUAUUACACCUCUAAGCUUGAGGAGGCUGAGAAGAGGUUUCGAGAUGCCGAAUCCAAACUGGCUCGCUUUCGAGCCCGAACUAAUGCAGGUACUUCACAUGAAAAAGUUACAGAGACAUUGAAUACAUCAAAUGGUCCAGUUCAUGCAAGUGAAGGUUCUUCCAGAAACCACAUUGCAUAUCCUUCCAAACCCCAGCAGCAGCGUCUUGUUCCUGCUGCGAGUUCGAAAAUCGCGCAAUCCGCUCGUUUGCCAGUGGAAGGAAAGAAUGCAUCAACCGGUUCCAUUUAUAGAAGUGAAGGUUCUUACAGAAACCUCAUUCAAUCCAAGCCCCUGCAGCGUCUUGUUCCUGCUGUGAGAUCGAAAUUCUCACAAUCCACACCGCGUUUGCCAGUAAAAUCUGAUAAGCCUCAGAGACUUUCUACUGAGCAAAACAAUAUUGGAAUCAAGGGAAGAGAGACAAAAAGAAAAUUUGAACAGAAAGAACAUGUGGCAUUGAUUCCUUUGGUAUGUAAAAGCUCUUCACCAACCUCAGUGAAAAAUCAAAAAAGUUGUUAUAUAUCAACCCAGAACAAGAAGAGAUUGCGAAGUAUUGCUCUGUAUCCUGUGAAUGAUCAACGUUUUGCGACCAGUGCUUUGGACGGAGUUGUCAACUUGUGGGAAGUUCAGUCUCGGGGACCAGGAGCCUCUCUACUUAGCACUGCUAAUUGUCUAACCUUAGAGAGAAGAUGGCCAGAAGAUAUAGCUUGGCAUCCAGACGGAAACAGGCUGUUUUCAGUAUAUAGUGCCGAUGGUCAAGAUUCUCAAAUCUCAGUUACAAAUUUUAGAGUACGAGGGGAAGGGAAAGCAGAUGUCAAAUUCUUAGAGGACAAGCCUCAUGUUAAAAGUGUUAUCAAUAGCAUUGUUUUCCUGCCAUGGGAAAAUACCAGCUUUGUAACUGCGGGGACUGAUCAUGCUGUUAUGUUAUGGAGUGAGAAUGGUGAGAACAAAUGGAAACCUAAACCAUUGCAUAUGAAUCUUCAUUCUUCUUCGGUCAUGGGAGUUGCUGGCAUGCAGCAGAAGCAGAUUGUAUUGUCUGCUGGCAAAGACAGGAAAAUUAUAGGGUACGAUGCCCAUGUAGGAAUACAAGAUUUCAUGCAUCAGGUUGAUACUAAAUGCUUGAGUGUCCUGCCAAAUCCAUGCGAUUUCAAUUUAUUCAUGGUUCAAACAGGGACUCCAGAGCAACAACUUCGAUUAUUUGAUAUAAGAUCGAAGAAGACAGAACUUCAUGCUUUUGGAUGGAAGCAAAGUAGCAGUGAAGCUCAGUCAGCUCUGGUAGACCAGGCUUGGUCUCCCAAUGGAAUGUACAUAACAUCUGGUUCAGCUGAUCCCGUGAUCCACAUCUUUGAUAUUAGAUAUAAUGGUCACAAGCCUUCCCAAUCCAUACAAGCUCAUAAGAAACGAGUCUUCAGAGCCAUGUGGCUUCACUCUGUUCCUCUUCUCGUUUCCAUAUCAUCUGAUCUCAGCAUUGGGCUACACAAGCUUGAGUAGAAGUAUAACAUCUUGCCAAUGCUCUUGUUGUAGCAUGUUGCGAUGUUCUGUCUCUCGUCUUUGUGAGUAAAUCAUGUAAUUACUGUUUGUACCGGUAUUGAAAAAUGGAACCAUAUGGACCAAUUUGACUGCAAAAGUGAACUGAUUAGGUGUUUAGUUUAUUUAGCUAGAAAGAAAUGAAUGAUUCAAAACUCAAAAGUCAUUACAGCUCGUCAAUUAAUAUUGGUGGAGAAUUGAUUUGGA